AAUUGGGAAGUCAAUCACGAGAUAUAGGAAUAUCGGACAAUCUUCAUAAAUAACAGCGAAAAUGUCUAGUAAUCAGUCUGAUUAUGGCCCUCUUCCACAAGCGAUUGGUAGAGCUCUCAGUGAUAAAAUGUAUGAGAAAAGGAAGGGAGCAGCACUGGAUAUAGAAAAGCUUGUUCGUGAUCUAGCAGCCAAGGGAGACAAAGACCAGAUCUAUAAGUUAAUAGCUGUACUUGGCUCUGAUUUUGCCCUUUCGCCAAACACAAGUCUCAAGAGAGGUGGGCUUAUCGGUCUUGCUGCUACGGCCACUGGACUUGGAAAGGAGUCUUCAGGCUAUGUAUCAGAGCUGAUCAAACCAGUCCUGCCUUGUUUCAAAGACCCUGAUAGCAGGACCCGGUACCUAGCGUGUGAAGCACUCUAUAACAUAGCCAAGGUCACCAGGAAUGCCAUCCUCAAGCACUUCAAUGAUGUAUUCAAUGUCCUCUUUGUGCUUGCUGCAGAUCCAGAUAUAAAUGUCAAGAAUGGUUCAGAGUUGUUGGAUAGACUCUUGAAGGACAUUGUCACAGGUAGCCCAAAUUUUGAUCUGAAUGCAUUCAUCAACUUAUUACGAGAGAGGAUCUACACACAGAAUUCCUUUGUGGGCCAGUUUAUUCUAUCAUGGGUGACUACACUGGACUCUGUACCAGACAUCAACAUGCUGGUUUACUUACCGGAGAUACUCGAUGGCCUCUUUCAUAUACUCAGUGAUCAGAACAAGGAAGUCAGAAAAAUGUGUGAGUUUUGUCUCGAUGAGUUUCUGAAAGGAAUCCGCAAGAAUCCGAGCAGUGCUGACUUUCCAAACAUGGUGAACAUUCUAACCACUCACACGACAUCCCAAGUUGAAUUGAUUCAGCUUACAGCAAUGACAUGGAUUAGAGAAUUCUUGAAUUUAGCAGGAAGAUCAUUGCUCCAUUUUAUGUCAGCAUUAAUGAGUGCUGCACUACCUUGUCUGGCGUAUGAAGAACAACAUCGGAAGAGUAUCAAAGAUGUUGCUACAUCAGUCAAUCAAAGUCUGAUGAGACUGGUAACACAGAGUGAUGACGAAGAUACAAACCAACAUGCAAUAACAAGUACCCCCGAGAAAUCUGAUAUAACCAGUAUUACUCUUCCAGUGAAGCUCCAGCUUGCCCCGAUAGUCCAGGUCUUGACCCGGUACUUAGGACACAAGUCAAUGCAGACGAGGAUAGCUGUAUUACAAUGGAUCUAUCAUCUACAUAUCAAGACACCAAAGAAGAUAUUUUAUCAUGUUGAGCAACUCUUCCCAGUUCUCCUGAAGACUCUAUCAGAUCCAUCUGAUGAGGUUGUUCUCCGUGACCUUGAGGUACUUGCGGAGAUAGUCUCUUCUUCGGCCGGUCCAGAAUUUAUUGCCGACCAGCAAGCAGCCAAUCAGAUCGCUCAGUCAGCAUCCAACACAUCUUUUAAGGCAGUAUCAGGUACCAACAAGUACUUCAAAGACUUCAUGGUGAAGCUCCUCAACCUCUUCUCCACUGAUCCACAACUUCUUGAGGAUAGAGGCUCUUUUAUUAUCAGGCAGCUUUGUCUAUUAUUGAAUGCUGAACACAUCUACCAAGCCCUGUCUAAGAUUCUCUUGGAUUCGCCUGACAUGAAGUUUGCUACUACAAUGGUCCAGACCCUGAACACCAUCCUCCUGACAUCCACAGAGUUGUUUGAACUCCGCAGUAAACUCAAGGAUCUUAGAACAGAGGCUAGUUGCAGUUUAUUCUGCUGUCUUUACAAGUCUUGGUGCCAUAGUCCCGUUGCUACUGUCUCACUGUGUCUUCUCACUCAAAACUACAAACAUUCCUGUGAUCUUAUAUACCAGUUUGGAGACUUGGAAGUCACUGUAGAUUUUCUCACGGAGAUUGACAAGUUAGUCCAGCUUAUUGAGUCACCUAUAUUCACUUAUCUUCGACUUCAGCUAUUAGAUGCAGAGCACAACCCCUUUCUUCUGAAGAGCCUGUAUGGUUUGCUGAUGCUGCUACCACAGAGUACUGCCUUCAACACCCUUCAUCAUAGGCUCACAUGUGUACCUAAUCUUCAGUACUUGUCCGGUACAGGGGGAACAUCUAAGAAAUUAUUCCUACCGGGGAAUAAGGUUUCCGUUGACUCAAGUAAGGGCGACUCAUCUUACAAGAAAAAUAUCAACUGGAGUCAGAUGCUGGAGCAUUUUCAUCAGAUCCAGCAGGACCACAGUAAAGCUAAGAGAUCCAGACACCUACCCAUGGAGACUCUGUCAUCUGGACGAACCUGAGAUCAUGAUCUUAGGGAUGCCGGCUGUUGUGCAUUCGGCUGGAUUUGUCUUCCUGCACACAGGAGAGAAUAUGGCAGUUUGGGGAUGCAUUCUGUCAUUGCCAAGGUUUUGAGACAUCCUUCAUGGUUUUGGUUAGAAGUUGUUGUCAAUUUUAUUAUUUGCUGAUGAGCCAUUGCCUAAGGUGACAGCUUAGUUAUGGUAGUCAUUGUAGAUCAUUAACUAUGAAGGAUAAGAAAUGACAACUAUGCAGAUGCCAAAGACUAUUGCUAGUGAACUUGAAGUGACACAUCCUUCACGGAUUCUUGUCAAAAGCUUCAAUGGUUCAUUUCCUGAAAAUCUAUUGUCAAUUAGCCAGUGCCAAAGACAACAAGAUUCAUUUUGAAUGAUUAAGUAGAUUAUUGUGAAUGAAUGAACAUAGUAUGAACAUACCUACAUGUAUGGCAGGAAUGAACUGGUGCUUGCUAGGAUCACCAAUUUCUUUGUUAAAAAAUGCCUGGUUUUCCAUGAAAUAGCUACUAUGAAAUGAACUGUAAAUGAUGUUGAAUUCACCGAGGUGUGAUUGUCAAGUCACAAGGUAAUCCUGGAAGUGAGAGAAAACUUGGGCCAGGGUCACUCUCGCCCUGCAACGUGACUGGUCAAUCACAUCUCUGGAAAGCCAGCAAUGCCAAUAUCUGUCCAAAUUGUUGUCUACAUAUGAUAUAUACUGGUACAUGCAUUAUUGUCUUGAUAAAUCAGCGUGUCCACCUUUGUUUCAUAGGGAGUUUGCGUACAUUUCUUAACUGAAGAAUUCUGACAUUGAUGGAUUUCCAUAGUUCAGGGUCCCGUAACACAAAGGUUAACGAUUGAUCACUAAUGGGCAAUUCC